GACUAACAGUGCCAAACCACUCGCAGCACGCAUGCUUACGACGCGCGCGCACACGCUAUAAGAUGAGAUGAUGCACCGCCCAGCAGUUUUCGCCAAGAACACUUGCGAAUCACUUGCAUUCCAAACAAGGUUUCUUACCGAGUAGCUGCGCUCGUGUAGUACAUAGCAUAGCAGACCAGCGCUGAAUCCAUCAUCCAUGGAGAGGUGCUGCCUGCUGCUCCUCUUCGUGGCGUUCCUCUGGCCGGCGGCCAGCGCGACGCCGUGCCACCCUGACGACCUCCGCGCGCUGCGGGGCUUCGCCGGGGAGCUCGGUGGCGGGGGAGCCCUCCUCCGCACCGCAUGGUCCGGCGCCUCGUGCUGCGCCUGGGAAGGUGUGGGCUGCGACAGCGCCAGCGGCCGCGUCACGGUGCUGCGGCUACCCUGGCGCGGCCUCGCGGGGCACAUCCCAGGAGCCUCCCUGGCGGGCCUCGUGUGGCUGGAGGAGCUCUUCCUCGGCUCGAACCAUUUCGAGGGCGUCAUCCCACACGAGCUCUUCGGCCUCGUCAGGCUAAGGAAGCUCUCCCUCGCAUCCAACGAGCUCACCGGCGAGCUGAGCCCACGCCUCGGUGAGCUCACACACCUUACCUUGUUGGAUUUGUCCGCCAACCGCUUCUUCGGCCCCUUGCCGGACGUGUUCGGUGACCUCACGUCGCUAGAGCAUUUGGCCAUGCAUUCCAAUGGCUUCUCCGGCUUCUUGCCACCGUCUCUUUCAUCACUAUCUUCCCUCCAUGAGCUCAACCUCCGAAACAACUCCAUGUCCGGUCCGAUUGCUCGUGUUAGCUUCUCCGACAUGCCACUUCUUGCGUCGCUUGACUUUUCCACAAACUCCCUGACUGGGUGGCUCCCGGCUAGCCUCGCGGGCUGUGGUGAGCUCAAGUCGCUCAACCUUGCCAACAACAUAUUGGUCGGCACCAUCCCGUCGUGGAUUGGUGAUUUUGACAACCUUUGGUACUUGAAUCUCUCAAAUAAUUCAUUUGUUGGUGAGGUACCCAAGAGUUUGUUACGGCUCAAUGGCCUCGCCACCGCGGGUCGCUCAUCGGGUAUGGUUUUCAUUAACAUGCCCUCUUUCGUAAAUCACGAAAGAAGAGCACUCGAUGAACAACCAAAUACCAUAACUGGGACCAACAACACUGUUAGAUCUGGGCGCAACAACACCAUGUCUGGGAACGACAACAUUGUCAUGUCCGGAGACAGCAACACUGUGUCCGGGAGCUUCAACACCCUCGUAUGUGGAAACAACAAUAUUCUAAGUGGUGACCACCAUGUUGUAUCUGGGAGCAACCAUAUUGUAACUAACAGUUUCAAUAAAGUGACUGGGUGCACCAAUAACGUAUCUGGGAGCAACCAUACUGUAUCCGGGAGCAACAAUACCGUAACUGGGAGCAGCAAUACGGUAUCUGGGAACAACCAUGUCGUGUCUGGGAGCAACAGAGUCGUAACCGGAGAUUAAUGACCUGUUAGUGGACUGAUUUCAUCUACAAGUAUGAGGUCCCAAAGCACAUCUAAGAGAGACUCGUGAAGAGAAGAAUAAGAGGUUCUCCGGUCUGAACUGAAAAUCUAGGUCGAUGGAUCCCCUAGCUUGUUCCAAGUUUGGGGAGGCUCCAUAAAGACCUUCUGUAUCUUUACUGUUUGUAUCCCAUUUCAAUUUCCGCAACCAUAUUAGUAUGUAUUUCCGUACUUGUAAUAUUAGUGUUAUCUUCAAGCCUAUCAUGAGAAUUAGUAUAUCCAAUGAUGAACUCGUCGUUUUUCGAUGAAUGUCUUUAUUACAGCUUAUGGUUAUUGUUA